CAACAACGCCCAUAACUGGUUGCUGCAGGCACCACCAAAAAGUAUUCAUAUUAAUCUCGACGCCAUGUUAUGAUUGCCGAUUAAUACCUUUAUUGAUAUGUCAGCCGCAUUUAUUGUCUCAGUCAUUGCUGGCGCUCUCAGCUGUGUCUUCCUGGUAUGGCUGAUACGUGGUCUUGCGAUCCUUAUUCCUACUCGCUAUCAGCCUUCUCAGAAACCUGAAGAUGAUCAUAUUCAGAUUCUUGUUGUCGGCGACGUCGGGCGCAGUCCUCGCAUGCAAUAUCAUGCUCUGAGCGUUGCCAAACAUGGUCGCAAUGUCGAUAUCGUGGGCUACAAAGAAACCUCAAGACACCCUGAUCUCAUCGGGAAUCCUCGCGUUACUAUGUAUGCACUCCCACCACAACCUGAGGUCCUUCAAUGGGGAACAUUGCCAUUCUUUCUCAAUAUUCCUCUCAAGGUUUUGUGGCAGUUCUGGGGCUUGUUCAGUACCUUGAUGUACGAUGCUCCUGCUGCUAAAUGGAUCAUCAUUCAAAACCCCCCCUCAAUCCCGACUUUUCAUGUUGCACUCUUGGUUUCCUUCCUGCGGGGCAGUAAGCUUGUAGUGGACUGGCAUAAUUAUGGCUACACUAUCCUGGCCCAAGGGAAGUGGUAUGUUAAGCCGUUAGUUCCUGUGUACCGUUGGUACGAAACCGGCUUCGGACGCUAUCUGGGAGAUGUCAACCUUUCUGUCACCGAUGCUAUGGCCCGUCAGCUCAAAGAGAGGCCUUUCAACCUGAAGCGUUCUGUACUCACACUUCAUGACCGGCCUGCCCAGGUGUUUCAACCUAUUCUCUCUACUACAAAACGUCUGGCCUUUUUGUCUCGACUUGCAGAGACUAAAGACAUUGCCAAGGAUAUUGUCGAUGGAGCAGUACGGCUCAUCGUGAGUAGCACUUCCUGGACGCCAGACGAGGACUUUGGCCUGCUCCUGGAUGCUCUCGUCUCCUAUGCCAGGUCCGCUGAGGCCUCACCCAUCCUGGCUAUAAUUACUGGUAAGGGUCCGCAAAAAGAACUCUACCUUGAAAAAAUCAAGACACUCCAGGAGGGUGGUAAACUACCUGGUGUUCGUAUCAUAACGGCGUGGCUUUCCACCAGGGACUAUGCCUCACUUCUUGCUUCGGCAGACCUUGGUAUCUCGCUGCAUAAGUCCAGCUCGGGCGUUGAUCUUCCCAUGAAGGUGGUGGACAUGUUUGGCGCUGGUCUCCCCGUCGCAGCAUACUCUGCUUUUGAGAGCUUCAGCGAACUUGUCAAGGAAGGCCAAAACGGUUGUGGUUUCGAAACCUCAUCAGAAUUGGCAGAGAUCCUUGCGAGACUUCUGAGCUUUUCCGGACAAGAGGAGUUGGCUCGUUUGAAGAAGGGUGCAGUUAGUGAAGGCUCUCUGAGGUGGGAUCAGGAAUGGGACCGCGUAGUUGGCAAAGCCAUUGGCCUUGUUGGUGAAGAGAGCAUUUAGAUAUUGCAACUCAAAAAGGAAAUCGACGACCAAAACCAUCGUAAUGUUCCUGUGCAAUGAUAAGAAGGGUCACUAUUUCAC